GGCAAACAUAAGUACAUCCCGCCCGCCGCCGUUCUGAUUGCUCUGUGAAUGCCGCCCGCCAUGUCAAAAUUCACACUCGCCGUUGUCGCCGGUGCCUCCGCAGCGGUUGGAGCUGCUACGACCGCAGUUCUGUACGGAGUUGGAAAGCCCAAAGAGACGACGACGACAACAACGGUCACCUCGACUUCUACCUCGCCGUCCGCCUCUCGAACAUCACCUCCACCUCCUGCUCCGGUAGCACUCCCUCACGACUACACCAAACUGCCUCUCAUCCCUCCAGUCGACCCCGCCGGCGUCUUCCAAUAUGGCUUCCCAGGUCCCGUCUCCGACAUCCGCAACGCACCCUCCCUGACAUCCUCCUACAACCGAACGACACGAAACCCACACUGGGUUGCCGAGCACAUCACACCCGCAAGUCUGCUCAUGCAGAACGGCGACCGAAGACAUUCACAAUUCGCAGAGGACCACACGAUACCCGAAAAGUUUCGUGCGAAGCUGAAGGACUACUUCCGCUCGGGCUACGAUCGUGGACAUCAGGUACCCGCUGCGGAUGCGAAGUGGAGUCAGGAUGCCAUGGACUCUACCUUUGCUCUGUCCAACAUGUGUCCGCAAGUCGGCGAGGGUUUCAACAGAGACUACUGGGCACAUUUGGAGGACUUCUGCAGACGUCUGACGUCUUACUACCCGUCCGUUCGCAUCGUUACGGGUCCUCUCUACCUUCCCAAGCGGGACGUGGACGGCAAAUGGAAGGUCUCGUACGAAGUUGUUGGGCAUCCACCUAACGUCGCCGUGCCGACCCACUUCUACAAGAUCAUCUUCGCGGAGGACGGAAGAGCUGGUGGAGCGGUCAGUCUGGGAGCGUUUGUCCUACCGAAUGAUCGGAUACCGAACGACAAGCCGCUGCAGGACUUCGAGGUGCCGAUCGAAGCUCUGGAGCGGGCGUCAGGGCUGGAGUUUGCGAGCCUGCUGCCGGCUGCGAGGAGGAAGAAGCUGUGUCAGGAAGUCAGCUGCAGCAUCAUCGUGAAGCAAUACGCUGAGCGUCAGCGCACGAUGAUGACACCUCCGCCGCAGAAUCUUCCUCGACCGUAAGGCGGUCGACGAUCGGCGGCUCUGGCGUGGAGCC